AUGGUUGCUCUGUUGCUGUUAACCACAUUGUUGAUGAUAUCUAGUAGUGUUACUGCUUUUAAUACUAUAGGAUAUGCAAAUGCUCAAUAUAGUAUUCUCUAUAAUCAAUAUCGUGAUUUAUCAUUCCAGUCGUAUCCUUUUAUGGGAUAUCCAUUACAAAGAGAUUGGAUAUCAUUACCAAUUCUUCAUAGUUUUACAAAUGGUUUCUUUUCAGGAAUAUUUUGGAAUUUAUUAGAAAUCAAUGCUACUACAGAUAUUUUGAAAAUGGCAACUGAUUUAAUGCUUCCAUUAGCUCCUGUUGCUAAUAUUACAGAUACACAUGAUGUUGGUUUUGUCAUCAUGUCAAGUUUUGGUCAUGCAUAUCGUUUAUUAAAAAUACCUGAAUAUUUACAAAUUAUUCUUACAACUGCUAGUUCAUUAUCUACUCGAUAUUCACCUAUUGUUCGAUGUACGAGGUCAUGGGAUAGUAAAGAAGGUUUUUUAGUUAUUAUUGAUAAUAUGAUGAAUUUAGAAUUAUUAUUUGAAGCAAGUAAUCAAACAAAUAAUCAAACAUGGUAUAAUAUGGCUUGGCAACAUGCUAAUCGAACGAUGUAUGAACAUUUUCGAACAGAUAAUAGUACUUAUCAUGUUGUUGAAUAUAAUGAAACAGGUGGAAAUGUUCUUAGAAAAUAUACUGCACAAGGUUAUGCUGAUUGGUCAACAUGGUCUCGUGGUCAAGCUUGGGCUGUACAUGGAUUUACUAUUGCUUAUCGUUAUACUAAAUAUCAACCAUUUCUUGAUAAAGCUAUUGGUGCAGCGAAUUAUUUUCUUUCUCAUCUUCCUAGUAGUACAGAUUUAAUUCCAUAUUGGGAUUUUGAUGCUUCUCAUAAUUCAACAAUUCCUUAUCAACCACGAGAUACUUCAGCUGCAGCUAUUUAA